GAUCGCGGCAGUCCUGGCUGCAGCAGCGCAGGCCGCGGAAAUCUGGGGGCUGGAGCCCACGCUGGGCUCUUUCUGUCCGUUCUGCGAUGGCGGCUGCCGCGGCCGUGGUCGCGCUGUCGGGUUUGGAGGAUGGGGUGUCUCGGUCCCAUGGCGAUGGGGCUGGGGAGGUGGUCGUGGAGCGGGGGCCCGGCGCGGCCUACCACAUGUUCGUGGUGAUGGAGGACCUGGUGGAGAAGCUGAAGUUGCUCCGCUAUGAGGAGGAACUCCUCCGGAAGAACAACCUGAAGCCCCCGUCCAGACACUAUUUUGCACUGCCUACCAACCCUGGCGAACAGUUCUACAUGUUUUGCACUUUUGCUGCUUGGUUGAUUAACAAAGCAGGACACCCUUUUGAGCAACCUCAGGAAUAUGAUGACCCUAAUGCAACAAUAUCUAACAUAUUAUCUGAGCUUCGAUCAUUUGGGAGACCUGCAGAUUUUCCUCCUUCAAAAUUGAAGUCGGGUUAUGGAGAGCAUGUAUGCUAUGUUCUUGACUGUUUAGCUGAAGAAGCAUUAAAAUAUAUUGGUUUCACCUGGAAAAGACCAACAUACCCAGUAGAAGAAUUAGAAGAAGAAACUGUUGCAGAUGAUGAUGCAGAAUUAACAUUAAAUAAAGUGGAUGAAGAAUUUUUGGAAGAAGAGACAGACAAUGAAGAAAACUUUAUUGAUCUCAACGUUUUGAAAGCCCAGACCUAUCGGUUGGAUAUGAACGAGUCUGCCAAACAAGGAGAUAUUUUAGAAUCCACAACAGAUGCUGCAGAAUGGAGUCUAGAAGUGGAACGUGUACUACCACAACUGAGAGUCACGAUUAGGACUGACAACAAGGAUUGGAGAAUCCAUGUUGACCAAAUGCACCAGCACAGAAGUGGAAUCGAGUCUGCUCUAAAGGAGACCAAGGGAUUUUUGGACAAACUCCAUAAUGAAACUAGUAGGACUCUGGAAAAGAUCAGCAGCCGAGAAAAAUACAUCAACAGUCAGCUUGAGCACUUGGUUCAAGAAUAUCGUGCGGCUCAAGCGCAGCUGAGUGAGGCAAGGGAGCGAUACCAGCAAGGGAAUGGCGGAGUGACCGAGAGGACCAGACUGCUGUCUGAGGUUACCGAAGAACUAGAAAAGGUAAAGCAAGAAAUGGAAGAGAAAGGUAGCAGUAUGACCGACGGUGCUCCUUUGGUGAAGAUUAAACAGAGCUUAACGAAGCUGAAGCAGGAAACGGUUCAGAUGGACAUCAGAAUCGGAGUUGUGGAACACACGCUGCUCCAAUCCAAGCUGAAGGAGAAGUCGAACAUGACGAGGGACAUGCACGCGACAGUCAUUCCAGAAUCCGCCAUAGGUUCUUAUUAAAAUACACUGGUGUGGUUUUUUUGUGCUUCUGAUUAGUUGGUUUUUCAUAUCAAAUCAUAUUUCAUGUUGCAUAUUUCAAAACACAAUUAUACCUCUUAAAACAUGUUCAAUGGGUAUUUUAUAUACACACUCAUAUUGUAUCAUGGUGAUUAUGGAAGGGUAAAGCCUUUAAAAUGAAUAUAUUUAAUAAAGUAAUUAAAAAUUCUCACUUUCAAA